AUGAACAUUAGAGAGAAGCUAUUGAGAGUGAGAUAAUCUGCACCACUUUAUAAAUUAUAAACCCCACAUGUGUUAAAGGAGGAAUUUCUGAAUGCAAAUUCAAAAAAAUGGUUGACCAAAGGGAUUGAUAUAACAGAUUACUUUAAUUAUGGAUUUAAUGAUGCCACUUUAAAAUUAUAUAUCCAAAAGCUGAAUAAAUUAACUGAUCUCAAUUUAAGUAAAUUGCAAAAAGAAUAUACUGCUAGAAUUACAGAAUAAAAAGCAUAAAUCUUUAAGGAUAAUAUUCCUAUAGAUUAUGGAGGGCUUGGAAUAAGCUCAGUUUCCGAGUGCUUACCUGAAGAAUUAGAUUGCUAGAAGGAAGCAUUGAUUUUUUAAAGCUUUGAUUAUGAAGGAGAUUUAAUAUUUACUAAUGAAGCAAUCCUCGAUAUCUACAGACAUUACAAAUAGUAUUUAGAAGAGUUGAUAAUAAAAUGUGAUUAUUUUGACUUUGAGACUGUUAUGCACUAUCCAAAGCAAGAAAAUUAAUGGUAAAAAGAACUAGAAAAAUUAUUAAGGAAGGAUAGUAAUCAUUUGAUUGAUGAAGUGUCAGAAAAAAAGAAAAUUAAGCAUGAAAAAAAAAAAUCAAAAAAAGAGAAAAAAUAAAAAAAAGAAAAAAAGAAAAAACACAAAAAGAAAUACUCUGAAGAAGAUCUAAUUUAAAUUGUUCCUUAAUAAAUCAUAGUUAGAUAAGAUUCUAUAUCCAAUGAAUCAAAAUCUAAUAUACUAGAAUGCGAAUUAUAAAUUGAUUCUCUUUCAGAUCAUUUAAGUAAAUAGCCUCAAGAAGAAAUUUAGCUUUCUUCCCCAUCUCCAAUCCCAGAAAUUUAAUAACUAUAACUGCCACAACCAUAAACAUAAGAGCCUAUGAGAUAGAGAAAUCAUAAUUGGCCUAGAAAUUUAAUUCAUGGAAUUCUUUAAGGAAAUAAAAAUUAAUAAAAAAGAUGA